AUGCUCUUAUUUCACAAUCCCACCAAAACAAAUCUCAAGAACCUUUCAAGAUUCAGAAAAAAAAAACUCGUAACUUUUUUUCUUUUGUUUCUGUCGAAUUUCAAAUAAUCAAGCAAUUGUUUUUGUAACCUUGAAAAAAUUAUGGCUAUAGAAGAUAACCGAAGUCACAAAGAUUAUCUUAGGAGGAUGACUUUUGCAGCGUUUUUGAAAUCUGGUUCUCUCGCCGGCGAGGAAGAAACUUACCACAGCGACGGUGAUCAUCAUAACCAAAACACGUUUAGCAGCAACAGCGAUUCUCAGCGUCCAAGCAACGCCUCAAGUGGUAGUAGCGAUUCAUCAUCACCAAUCUACCCAUUAUCUCCAUGGAACCAAACUUACUAUCCAAGCAACGACAACACGACGUCGUUUUCAUCUGCUACUCAAUCACCAUGGAACCAAACUUACUCUCCGUACCACAAAUCUCCAUGGAUUUACCAAACCAGGAACAGUGAUUUCGAGGAUGAUCCUGAUAACGGUUUAAUCGGUACGGUCGUGAGACAAGAAGGACACGUGUACUCUCUUGCUGCUUCAGGUGAUCUUCUUUUCACCGGUUCUGAUUCCAAGAACAUUCGGGUUUGGAAAGAUCUUAAAGAUUUCUCCGGGUUUAAAUCCACAAGUGGUUUUGUUAAAGCGAUUGUGAUAACCGGAGAUAACCGGGUUUUCACCGGUCAUCAAGAUGGUAAAAUCAGGGUUUGGAGAGGAUCAAAGAAGAACCCAGAGAGAUAUUCACGAGUCGGAAGCUUACCAACUCUUAAAGAAUUUCUCACCAAAUCGGUAAAUCCAAGAAACUACGUCGAAGUCCGUCGCCGGAAAAACGUUUUGAAGAUCCGACAUUUUGACGCCGUGUCGUGUCUGAGCUUAAACGAAGAUCUCGGUUUGCUCUACUCCGGUUCUUGGGACAAGACUCUUAAGGUCUGGAGAUUAUCCGAUUCAAAGUGUUUAGAAUCAAUCGAAGCUCACGACGACGCCGUUAACACGGUGGUUUCCGGAUUCGACGAUUUGGUAUUCACUGGAUCAGCCGACGGAACGUUGAAAGUAUGGAAACGUGAGCAACAAGGCAAAGAGAUGAAACAUGUUUUAGUACAAGUGUUGAUGAAACAAGAAAACGCUGUAACGGCGUUAGCUGUUAAUCUAACGGACGCUGUGGUUUACUGUGGUUCGUCUGACGGUACCGUUAACUUCUGGGAACGGCAAAAGUAUUUAACUCACAAAGGAACGAUUCACGGCCACCGUAUGGCGGUGUUGUGUCUCACCACCGCCGGGAGUUUGCUUUUGAGCGGCGGAGCUGAUAAGAAUAUUUGCGUUUGGAAAAGAAACGGCGACGGAUCGCAUACGUGUCUGUCCGUUUUGAUGGAUCAUGAAGGACCUGUUAAGUGUUUAACGGCGGUGGAAGAGGCGGAGGAAGAUAACAACGACGGAGAACACGGUGGAGAGAAAGGGGAUCAACGGUGGAUAGUGUAUAGUGGGAGUUUAGACAACUCCGUUAAAGUGUGGCGCGUGACGGAUUACGCUUCGUAAGCGCGUGAAGAAGUAUACGUGUGGACAACGUAGGAGCGUGAAGGGAUGUUACGCGGCCAUGUAGUUGUGUAGCGUUUUAUCGUCAAAGGAGGAAUUGAUUGGGAGGCAACUAGUUGGUAGAUUUUGGUACUUGUGAUGACCAAUAGUGAAUUGUCACGUUUCUUUGGAAGUGUGAAAAAGUCUUUGUCUCCUUUUGAUGUUGCGUUAGAUCUUGUCUC